AGAGUUUUGUAGUUGCAUUCCGCUCUUGGGAGGGGGAUUUUACUCUCUUUUUGAAUGACACUGCUGGAGUUUGGAUGAGCGCUGCACGCGAAAUGAAUUUUUUUGCUUACAUCGUCCACAUCAGCGCGGUGCUGCAGCUCCACGGGUUACCUGCGCAGACUUUUCUAUCAUCCCGUGCCAAGAACAGCUCAUUUGAAGUGAUGCCCUUUCAAGAGGUGUGGGAGCGGAGCUUCUGCCGUACCAUUGAGAAGCUGGUGGAAGUGGUGCAGGAGUACCCUGGAGAGGUGGAGCACAUAUUCAGCCCAACUUGUGUGCCACUGGUGCGCUGUGCUGGCUGUUGUGGGGACGAGAACCUGGAGUGCUACCCCACGCACACCUCCAACGUCACCAUGCAGCUGCUGAAAAUCAAACCAGCGGAGGUACAUCAGGAAUAUGUUGACAUGGCUUUUAUGGAACAUAAAGCAUGUGAAUGCAGACCCAAGAAGGUCAUGCUGAAAAACGGAAGCAGACGAAGAGGGAAGGGAAGAGGGAGGAAGAGGAAGGAGAAGCAGAAAAUGAAAGGCUGUGACCAGUGUCAGCCCCCUCGCAGGUAACUGUAACCCACCCUGGCUGUGACCUCCUUCUGUAUUUAUUUGUCCUCUUCGCUCAGCAAUAACGGCAUUGGUGGACUUUUCAGCACUUUUCAGACACUGUGUCACUCGCUAUACCUGGGACUCGGUCUGUGGGUUGUCGUGGUGAUGGACAGCGCUUGCCCGAAGGGGGUUGGGGGGGCAUGGCUGUGUGGGAUCGGUGGAAGAGCGUUUUCGAUGGGGGUACGUGACAUUUUUUGUCACCAGACGCUCAAAAAGGAGGAGCAGAAUGAAGGAAGAAGCUCAAAA